GAGGGGGAAGGGUCAGACACUUUUAGCAACUGGUCAACGUGAAAUAAUUGGUUCUUUAGGUGGUUUUGAUAUGUAACUGGUGAGCUGGGCGGAAGGAGAAUCCGUGGCUGUGCUUUUGUUAUCAGGUGAAGAGCAGCAGAGCCAGAACCCGCCAACACGGUGGGCAAACAUUAGUACGGAAAUAACCUGGACAAGUAGUCCUGUGAACAGAUUGCUGUGCAGCCAUGAGGACAUUUGUAACGCGGAGUCAAGCCAGGCAGCUCCUGCACAACAAGUUCGUGGUGGUUCUUGGUGGUUCAGUACAGCGCUCCAUGUAUAAAGACCUGGUUCUGCUGCUUCAGAGGGAUCAGUACUUGACUCUGCCUCAGCUCAAGUCCAAAGGGGAGCUUUCCUUUGAGCGGGACAGCCUGGUGGAAGGAGGUCGUUUGGGUCCCAUGACUAAUGGCACCGAGUAUAGAGAGGUCCGGCAGUACCGCUCUGACCACCACCUGCUGCGUUUCUACUUCCUGACACGCAUCUACUCGCCAUACGUGGAGAGCAUCUUGGAGGACUUUCAGCAAGGACUCAAGCCUGAUGUCAUCGUCAUCAGCUCCUGUGUGUGGGACAUCACCAGGUACGGAUUGGAGUGUUUUCAACAGUACAAAGAGAACCUCCACAAGUUCUUUGGCCAGAUUAAAACCAUUGUUUGCCACGAAUGUCUCAUCCUGUGGACUCUGGCCAUGCCACUUGGCAAGAAGAUCAAGGGUGGAUUCUUAGUGCCUGAAAUAAGCCACUUGGGUCCCACAGUAUGCUAUGACAUCAUUGAGGCUAAUUUGUACAGUGGUCGGCUGGCUGAUGCCUAUGGCUUGGACAUCCUUGAUCUACACUUCCACUUCCGCCUCAACCUGCAGAACCGCAUGCCAGACGGCGUCCACUGGGAUGCACUGGCCCACCGACGCAUCAGCAGCCUCCUGCUGCAGCACGCUGCUGAUGCCUGGGGAGUACAGCUGCCUCACCCCCCCUUCCCUCCAGGACAAGUGUGUCAGGGUUACAGGCGAGACUUUGGACAUCACAGUUUCAGACCAGAAUGGCCCCAUCCAAGACCCCCCCUGGACUCAGGUGCCCUGCAGAGACAGACCCUGGUGCAAUAUGAGCAGAAUCAUCUCAGAUCACAUAACUUUCACUUUGCUCCACCAAACACAGCAAACAUCAGACCCCUGCUGGCGCCAACACAGCAUGCCAAUCACCACCACCCUGCACAGACUGAUGGUCACCACUAUAGAGCUCUCCACUUCCACUGUCAGCAGAACACUGCUGGUUUUGGGAUCAGUGACUUUCACUCUCCACCCCCCGUGCACCCUCAUCCUCCUCCAUGUCGAAGUUUCCCUGCUGCAGGAGACUGGACUCACUCUAGACAGUAUUAUAACCCUUUGCCCCCCACCAACCUGUGGCGGGGUCAGCAAGUUCAUCAUCAGACCAGAGCCAUCUGCUCACAGACAUACUCCAGGUUCAGUGCAGGUGGAGGUUUCCGUUUUUGUCCUCCAUUUCAAGCAGAUGAUCGCUGUGUGAGGAUGAGGAGGUGGAGGCCUCAUGUCAGGGCUCACCCCUACUCCCCCCACCUUCCACUGGUGGGACCCAGACACCAUGCAUAUAGAUGGUGAGCUGCAGAAGCAGAAACACAUUACAGCAGGGACACAGAGACUCUGGAUUUAACGUCAACUGGAUGAUUUCCAAAAAAAAUAAUGAUUCACAGGCAAUGAGUCACUGCUGAUGUUCAAGAAACUUGUUAGGAAGUAAAACAGAUGAGGGAAAGGAUGUUAAGAGAAUUUGAAGUCACCGGCUGUUUCUGGCUGUUGAUGAGAUUAGCAAUUAGGGGUGGUUGGAAGCAUAGUGACGCAUACUAUACCUGCAGUAAAAUACACUCAUCAGUAUUCCUACAUGCUCCAAAUCCAGCCUCAUUUAGAUUUUAGGUGAUGAAAUUGUUGCUUUAUGUUUUUUGACACAAAAAUGGUGAUAAUAAAAUAAUUUUCUAUGC